AUGAAGAUCCCACCCCCACCCAUCACUCUCCAUCCGAACAGAGAGGCUCCAUUCCGCCAACGCUGCCCAGCACUGGCAGUGCAUCUAGCCGCUGACAGCUGGCCCGGCAGAGGCUGCCAGAGUCCCAGAGACACUGGUAGCUGCCUGCAGAUAGCAAAGAAGCCGGUAUCGCAGAUAGCGCAGAGGUACCUUUGUAAGACCCACCGAUUACAAUACAGAGAAACCACUGAGCCCAGAACUCGGCCCCACGAUGGGAGCCCCCAGAGCUACACGGGAUGCUCACAGAACAGCAAAGCAAAAGACCUACAAGGAACUGGUGAUGAUCCGGAGAGUGAAAACCCCAGCACUCAGAACCUGUACGGAGGCCCAGCCCCACCCCUCGCCUGUGGUGUGGACACUAUGGACCCUACAGCUUCGACAAAGGUGUGUCAGGGCGCCCUGGGGAACUGUGUCUUCUUCCUGCUGUAUGCAUACAGCUUCUUGUGCAAACCCCGGCUCCGGAAGCCCAUUGCCAUGGUUUUCAUGCACCUGAACCUGGUCAAGGCCUUGACCAUCAUUUUUGAGUCCAUACCCUUCAUCGUCUCCUCGUAUGGAGUCCUGUGUUUCUUGGAUGAUGCCACGUGUAAGGCUAUGCUGUUCCUGUUCAGGGUCAGGUGGGGACUGUCCGCCUGCACUACCACCUUCCUGAGCACCCUCCAGGUCCUCACCAUCAGCCGCACCCCUGCCCAGCACACCCCAUCACCCAUUAUCAGCUCCAUUGUUCUGCGAGAUGCUCUGUCCAUGGUCCUCAUGGUGGCCCCCAGCCUCUACAUGGUGAGGCUCCUCUACCGACACCGCUGCAGAGCCUGGCACCUCCACAGUCCCAGUCUUGCCUCCCAGCCAGCACCCAAGAACACAGCCACCCACACAAACCUGCUGCUGGUCAGCUGCUUCGUGUUCUUCUAUUGCUCCAACAGCAUCGUGACUGGUGUGCCUCUGAUGUUGUCCUUCAGCUACCCCACACUCUGCCCGUUCUUGCUCAUGAAGAAUAACCGAAUGGUUUCACGAUGGAUCACUCACUCAUGUUAUACCAAGAAUGAUCCAUUGUAA